GUCACUCACUUUUGCUGAGACCUGGAGGAGGAAGUCAGGGGCCCAAGAGGGAGCCAUUCCCCUCAGGGGCCCAGGGGCUCCAGGGGCAGAAUUUUGAUACUCUGAAGUAGGAAACUUUGAUUCUCAUGGCAAGCCCUGUUCCGGUGCCGAGGAGUCACCUCCAGGGCCCCAUCCUCAGGCUGCGCUACAUGGUGAAGCAGUUGGAGAACGGGGAGGUAAACAUUGAGGAGCUGAAGAAGAACCUGGAGUACACGGCUUCCCUGCUGGAGGCCGUCUACAUAGAUGAGACGCGGCAUAUCUUGGACACGGAAGAUGAGCUGCAGGAGCUGCGGUCUGACGCGGUGCCUUCGGAGGUGCGGGACUGGCUGGCCUCCACCUUCACUCAGCAGGCCCGGGCCAAAGGCCGCCGAGCAGAGGAGAAGCCCAAGUUUCGGAGCAUCGUGCAUGCGGUGCAGGCUGGGAUCUUCGUGGAACGGAUGUUCCGGAGAACAUACACCUCUGUGGGCCCCACCUAUUCCACUGCAGUCCUCAACUGUCUCAAGAACCUGGACCUCUGGUGCUUUAAUGUCUUUUCCUUGAACCGGGCAGCAGAUGACCACGCCCUGAGGACCAUUGUUUUUGAGUUGCUGACUCGGCACAAUCUCAUCAGCCGCUUUAAGAUUCCCACUGUGUUUUUGAUGACUUUCCUGGAUGCCUUGGAGACAGGCUACGGGAAGUACAAGAACCCUUACCACAACCAGAUCCACGCAGCUGAUGUUACCCAGACGGUCCAUUGCUUCUUGCUCCGCACAGGGAUGGUGCACUGCCUGUCGGAGAUCGAGGUCCUGGCCAUCAUCUUCGCUGCAGCCAUCCAUGACUAUGAGCACACUGGCACCACCAACAGCUUCCACAUCCAGACCAAGUCGGAAUGCGCCAUCCUGUACAAUGAUCGCUCCGUGCUGGAGAAUCACCACAUCAGCUCUGUUUUCCGGAUGAUGCAGGAUGACGAGAUGAACAUUUUCAUCAACCUCACCAAGGAUGAGUUUGUAGAGCUGCGGGCCCUGGUCAUCGAGAUGGUGUUGGCCACAGACAUGUCCUGCCAUUUCCAGCAAGUAAAGUCCAUGAAGACGGCCUUGCAGCAGCUGGAAAGGAUUGAUAAGUCCAAGGCCCUGUCUCUACUGCUCCAUGCUGCUGACAUCAGCCACCCAACCAAGCAGUGGUCGGUUCACAGCCGCUGGACCAAGGCCCUCAUGGAGGAAUUCUUCCGCCAGGGUGACAAGGAGGCAGAGCUGGGCCUGCCCUUUUCUCCGCUCUGUGAUCGCACUUCCACUCUCGUGGCACAGUCCCAGAUUGGCUUCAUCGACUUCAUCGUGGAGCCCACGUUCUCUGUGCUGACUGAUGUGGCCGAGAAGAGUGUCCAGCCCAUGGGGGAUGAGGACUCCAAGCCUAAAAACCAGCCCAGCUUCCAGUGGCGCCAGCCUUCUCUGGAUGUGGAAGUGGGAGACCCCAACCCCGACGUGGUCAGCUUCCGCUCUACCUGGACCAAAUACAUUCAGGAGAACAAGCAGAAAUGGAAGGAACGGGCUGCAAGCGGCAUCACCAACCAGAUGUCCAUUGACGAGCUGUGCCCGUGUGAGGAAGAGGCCCCGGCCUCCCCUGCCGAAGAUGAGCACGGCCAGAACGGGCAUCUGGACUAGGCUGGGGCUGGCCCAGGUCCUCACGCGUCCAAAGUGUUUGAUGUCAUCAGCACCAUCCAUCGGGACUGGCUCCCCCAUCUGCUCCAAGUGAGCACGGAGGUCACGGAACAGACAGCCCACCCGAAGGACAAAUGCCAGAGACUAUGGGGUUGGGGGAAGGGCCCCUCCCCGCCCGACACCCAUUGGGGCGCACUUUAAUCUCCCGGCGGCAAGACUGGGGAACUUCAGGCUCCCAAUGGUCACUGUGUCCAUCCCCCCCGCCUCUGGACUCUCCCCGUGGCCAGGUGAUCGGCUGGAGGGGAGCUUCCUGGAGGCUUCCCGGGGCCUGGGGGGAGGGUGGGAGAUGCCAGCCCCCUAGGCCCUCCCCCAUCCUUUUUGCCUCCAAGUUUCUAAGCAAUACAUUUUGGGGGUUUCCUCAGUCCCCCACCCCAGAUCUUA